AGUGAGGAGAGAGGGAGGGAGGGUGUGGAGAGUGAGGGGAGUGUGAGCGCAUAUAACGAGUUACAGUGAGGCAUCUCCUUAUUUCCGCAUACCCUGGGCUCCUUCUCGAGUGCAUGUCGGCGGAGGCGAGUUGAGGUGAGCGGGAGGAGGGGGAUGGAGUCUGUGACGACGUGCGUCGCUGUCACGUGGUUGCUGCUCAUGGCGUGCACCCCUCCUGGCUCAGGUUCUGGGUCUCCCCCGGUCCCCACAAACCUCUCCUUUGUCUCCGUCAACUUCAAGACGCUGCUGGAGUGGCAAGUGGAGGACACGGGCAUCCCGGUCACGUACGACGUGGAGCUAUUGGGUGCAACGUGGACUACCUGGGAGCAGAAGGCAGAGUGCACCGACUCGAUAGAAACGACCUGUGACCUCACGAGCAUCAUGGCCGACCCGCGCUUGUCAUACCGCGCUCGUGUGCGUGCCAUCCCGGGUGGUUCCAGCGCAGUGCACACCGUACCCUGGGUCAUGUCGCCCUCCUUCGUGCCCUACGACAACACUGAGCUUGGGAAGCCACAGUUCGAGGCAGUCGGGCGGAAUGGGAGCAUCCAGAUGAAGGUUGCAGACCUGCUCACGCCCUACUUCAACAUUGACGGCAGCCACAAGACCAUGGGCGAUAUCUACAAGGGAGACCUCCACUACCACCUCACCUACUGGAAAGACGGCAGCAGCGGACGGAAGGACUACCAGUCGCGGCAGGCCGCAUUCACGCUGACGGGCCUCGACGAGGGCCAGCUGUACUGCUUCCACGUGCAGCUGCUGGUGGACGCUGACAACACUGAGCGCCGCGGGGAGGAGAGCGACGUGAAGUGUGUGCGCUCGGGGAUCGCAAAGCCCGACUACGCGUGGAUAUUCCUGGUGGCGGCUGGCAUCACCGCCCUCAUCAUCGGCGUCGCCCUCAUCGUCCUCAUCGUGUGGCUCUGCCACCGCUGCCGCCAGCAACGCAAGUCGGAGCGAAACGGGACGGUCGUCUCCUACACGGCUGCCGCUUCCCAGAGGGGUUAAGUGGGGACUGCCCCCCACCACCACCUCUGACUGACCCCCCCAAGAAACCAAGCAGGACCGACUCAAGGACCCAUCCAGUGCCCAUGCAAGAACUAACACAAAAGAGACUGUGAAUGUACACGCGAGACUGUGGAUGGUGUGGAUGAUGGGGACGACGACGACGAUGAUGUAAUGAAUUCUGGUGAUAAGGAUGAUGAAAUUUAAGAUGAUGCCGUUAACAGUGAAUGACCAUGAUGAAAGCUCAUGAUCAUUAUUAUAAGAUGGUGAUGGUAAAGAUGAUGGAAACGACCAUGCAGGUGGGUGCAUCGACUCCCUUCCAUCACCAUAAUCAAAAAAACCCAAAUCCACUCAAAUGUAGUCGGAAGUCACGUGACAUUGGCUCACGUGCAGAGAGAUAUCUUGAUAAAAGUGAAUGGCGGUUACUUUCACUGAUCAGUAUCCAUGGAAGGGGCACAGUUUGGCUCCGAGCUGCCACUGUUCCUACUGGCCCGGGACAUGAGACGUUAGUGGGGCUGUUUUUUUUUUAAAUUUAGGCUGUGGGCUGAGUUGUACACUGUACUAAAUUUGGACUAAAUUUGGGUCUGGGCAAGUGGCUCGCCUUGGCUCUCAGCCUAACAUCUGAUGUGAGCUUAACGCUAAUACUGACCUAGGUACCGGUUGUGCGUGUGCAUGUGUGCUGUACAUGCAUGUGUACAGGUAUUUGUCUUUGUGGGGUGUAUUUCCAGUAAAUGUCUAUUUAUGUACAUCUGUGUACAAGUGCGUGUGUAUAUGUACAUGUAUCUGUGUGUAGGUCACAUGUAUGUGUGAAUGCAUGGACAGGCGACACAAUUUAACUGGGUUCGAUAUCUGGCCAUGAAUAACAUCUUUUACCAGGAAUCUGAACCUGUCGUGUACCUCGGUUAGGUCGACUCAGCCUUAAAUGAAUACCUGACAUGGGGGUGUAAAUAUUAGUACUUGGGAAACAAAUGCAGUUAGCUGCGGAUCGCAAUUACCACGCCACCCCUUCGUGCACCAUUCCGGUCUUAAUAGGUGCUCGCAAACAACAUUUACUGCAAAAGUCUGAGCCUGCAAUUGAGAUGGUGCUGUUUGGCCAAUAUUGAAUUUACACUCCUGACAGAAGAUUGAUUAAUCUUAGAGUUUAACAGAAAAACACAUUUUCCGAGCGGCGAACGGAACAAUGAGAUAAGUGACCUCAGUCACUGUGGCUUCCUCCAGGCACCCGGAGCAGAGAAAGAUAAAUAUUCCUACGUGUUAAACCAAAGAAAAAUAUCUUCAUAUUAAAAAAAAAUGUAGGGAUGGUUGCAUUAUUAGGGGUUCAAGGUGAGCAUUACGGUUGGUGUUGGGUUUAGCGCAAAUGGGUUGGGCUUUGAGUUAGGUUUCGCAGUUAUAGUAUUCAGGUUAGUAUUUGAGGUAGGGCUAAAGUUAGGAUUAACAAUUGAGUUAGGUUUAGGGCUGAUGUUGGUUUUCAGGAUACUUUUAUGGUUAGUAUACAUUCACGUUAGGGGAUAAGGUUGGUAUUCGAGUAAGAGUGAGUGUUCAUUAUGCUUAAUUUUAACAGUUAUAUUCUCAAAACAUUCUAAAAACAUCUCGACUGUGUUGCAUGUGUAUGUCUUUGUAUCUGUAUGUAAAUAUCUAAAUAUAUGUAUACGUGUGCUUUACCUUUAGGUUGUACAUUUAAUCUGAACACUACUGGGGUAACAAGUUUACUGGGUUUUAAAAUAUAUUUUUAAGUUUUAUUUUCUUAUACAAAAUGUUUAUCUUGCUUUGAACACUGGAAGGGAACAAUGUGUGCGUGUGUGUGUGGUAGGUCGACUCAGCCUUAAAUGAGUAACUGGUGCAGUGUCGAAACACAUCAGCACUGGGGAGGCAAAGGGGGCCAGCAGGCAUGGUGGUGGCCACCAAACCCCUUGUCCCGUGCUGUCCUUGAUAGGUGCUUGGUAAUAGCACUUAACCCAACAAUGUGUUGAGGCUAUAUGGGCAACCUUUGUGUUUGUGGGGUGAGGGAAUGGUGUAAUAGUUUGCGCACUGCACUACAAUCCCAGUGACCUGGGUUCGAUUCCGAGUUGCAGUGUAUAACAUCAGCGAUACGUAGUAUCUUAACCCUGUAUUGGGCCUCUCGUAAGUUGGCUGGGCCAUGAAUGAGUGUGGAAUCUAAACCUAAGCACUGGGGAUAAGACGGUGGCUGGGCUUGGUACUGGCCUCAUCAACUCUUUGUGAGCCAUGCAGACCUCAAUGGGUGCUCUAUCGUUCUAAACAGGGUAUUUGUUUCUGGCUGUAGGAGUUGUGGUGGACACUUCGGACUCUUUUGUAUAGUUAAACACCAACCCUAACUUACCACUAUUCUCUACCUACAACUCCAAACUAAACUUGAACUAAAAAUCCCGUGCCUUGGAGCGAUUGAUCACGCGCAUCUGGUUUUUGUUAAAAAAAUAAAAAAUGUAUGCAAAUAUA